AUGCCUCAGCAUAGGUCAUCUCGUCAAGCCGCUAAUCGAAGAUAUUAUGAAAGAAAUCGAGAGCGCAUUCUCCAGCUUCGUCGGGCUUCUCGCAUUGAAACUCGCGCCAGACUAGAACGUCUUGAAAGAAUUGAAACUUGCGCUCGACUAGAAUAUCUUGAAAGAAUGAUUUUUCAAACUCACUGUUAUCCUCAACUUUCUUCUACUUCUGCUGCGUUAAACAAG